AAAACGGAGAAGACAACAAGACCCAUGCCUCUACCUUACUUCCUAACGAUCCCUCUUCUUUUCCCGUUGCUCCGUCGUUAGGUUUCUUCUCCGUUGACGGAGACAAACUUUCACGGCGGUGAAUGUGUCUAACCGAUAAAAAAGCCCUAAUUUACAAAGACUCGCAAACUAUUCAGAAAUUUUCCGAGCAAUGAGCUUAUCAGAGAGAACACACGACGGCGAAACAAAGGAUCCAUCUUCCUCCUCCUCGUACGAGUUCACCCACGCCGCCGCCAAAUCCGCAGUAGCUCAAAUCUGCGAAACCGUCGGCUACAACCAUUUCAAAGACCCCCCGCUCGAAUCCCUAACCGGAUUUGCGAUCCAGUACAUUCUCCAGCUAGGUAAAAUCGCAACCUCCUUCGCCAACCUAAACGGUAGGAGCCACUGCAACGUCUUCGACAUCGUCCUCGCCUUAGAAGAUCUAUCCGGUAACGAUAAUAACGCCGAGGAACGAGGAUGUUCCGCUCUUCGUUCGGUUAAGCUUAGAGAAAUUAUCGAUUUCGUGAAAGUUAGUGAUGAUGGAGAAGAAGAGAGUCUCUUGUUACAGACAUUGCCUCGUUUCCCUGUGAGUGAUAAGAGGAAGAAGAUGAUGGUGGUUCCUAGUUUUGUUGAGGUUGGUGAGAUUCCACCUGGAAAGCAUAUUCCUUUAUGGCUUCCGGCGUUUCCUGAUCCUCAUACGUAUAAGGAGACUCCUAUGUGGAUCGAGAGGGGGUUGGAUCCUAGAGGGGAUAAGAUUGAGCAGGCGAGGCAGAGGAGGAAGGCUGAGAGAGCUUUGUUGAGUCUUCAGAGGAAGCUUGUUUGUAGGGGUGAUGGUGAUCGUGUGUGGGGAGAUAUGGAUGUUGGUGGUGUGAAGGGAGAGAUCAGAGAAGCUGAGAGUGAAGUGCCUGAGGAUGAGAAAAGAGAUGGUGUAUCAGUGGUGGAGGCGUUUGCUCCUGCCUUGGAGGCUGCGAGAGAUGUGGUUUUCAGUGAGGAUGACGGUGAGUGGAAGCAGAAGAAGAAGAAGAAGCCUGUUGGUCUUUCUAAGCUUAGGACCGAGAAGAAGUUUCUUGGAGAGCCGUUGGAUCUGACUCUGCAGAUGAAGGGUGAAGAUAGAUCUAUGUCGUUGCGUGAGGAAGAUAGAGAUGACAAGAGGAGGAGGGCUGAGUUUAUUUUGAGACAGUGCAUGGAGAAUCCGGUGGAUCUCAAUCAGUUGUAAAAUAAAGUGACUCUCAGUUUACAGUCUCUGUAGCGUAGUUUCUCCUAAUUGUUCUGUAAAAGAUUGUGAUUUUGUAGCCUUUUUUUCUCCUUACAGGAUUGUGUUAUGAUUACGACUUUUGCUACUGAAUGGAAUGAGAGUUUCUAACC